AUGUCUUUCGAGGAGGGUGUCACCGCUUUCUGUAAUUUACCCCAUGAUGAAGGUCAAGGCACGGGCUUCAUCUUCGCAUCAUAUUAUGACCCUGAUACCGAUUUGUGCUAUCCCUUCAUAUACAAGGGAGAAGGGGGAAAUGAAAAUCGUUUCACACAUGAAAGAGAAUGCAUAAGAAACUGCUCAACCAGGGCAGAGGAGAUCUACCCCAUUGAUGAAACCCAAGCUUGCCACUUCCCGCAUACGAAGGGACAAUGCAGCGGUCAGUACUUGAGGUACUACUACGAUUCUGUUCAUGACAAAUGCAAAAAGUUCCUUUACACCGGCUGUGUUGGAAAUGGAAACAGAUUUUUCGACCAAGUGAGCUGCAAUGCUACUUGUGAUGGUAUCCAUGAUGAUCGUGAGGCAGAAGAAGAAGACGAGCCAGACACUCCAGUCGCUCUCAUCUGUGGAGUUGUGUUUGGUGUCGUUGGUGCCAUCAUCAUCAUAGUUGUAAUUGCCCUGACCAUACAGUCAUCGUAA